AUGCUCUUCCUGAGCUUUCUUCUUCCAUUGCUGCAUCUACCACAUGCAACAUCCAUCAUCUCGCGAUCCCAUUCCUAUCCACUCAACUCUCGUUCGAAUACCCUAGGCCCCGAAACCGAUCUAAUAAUCUCCAAUAAAGUCAUAGCUCCAGACGGGUUCGCGCGCUCUGCAAUUCUCGCUGGAGGAACAUUUCCGGGUCCAGUCAUCUCAGCCCAGAAGGGUGACAAAUUUGCGAUCAACGUUGUAAACCAACUCUCUGAUGAUUCAAUGUUGAAAAGUACCAGUGUGCACUGGCAUGGAAUCGAUCAGAACAGGACUAACUAUGCGGAUGGAGUCACGUUCGUUACUCAAUGCCCCAUUGCGCAAAACGACUCGUUUCUGUACUCCUUCGAUGCUCAGGGCCAGGUGGGAACAUUCUGGUAUCAUAGCCACUACUCGACACAACAGUGCGAUGGCUUGCGCGGGGCUUUGAUUAUCUACGAUCCCGAAGACCCUCUAUCCUACCUAUACGACAUUGACGAUGAGACCACUGUUAUCACCCUUGCUGACUGGUAUCAUACGGUUGCCCCUGUUUUGAAUCAUUUCGUCACCGUCCAUGCAGAUUCAACAGUCAUCAACGGUUUCGGUCGAUACGCGGGUGGCCCCGUUGAUACCGAACUUGCGGUGAUCAACGUUGAGUGCGGUAAACGGUACCGCCUACGUAUCAUAGCGCUGUCCUGCGAGCCCGAUUAUGUGUUCUCCAUCGAUGGCCAUAACUUGACGGUGAUCGAAGCGGAUAGUCAUCUGACGGAGCCCCUCCUCGUGGACUCGAUCCAUAUACUUGCCGGACAGAGAUACUCUGUUGUGCUCGAUGCGACUCAGCCAAUCGACAAUUACUGGAUACGGGUACUCCCAAAUAUCUCGUCCCAGACCUUCGACGAUGGCCAGAACAUGGCCAUCCUGCGAUACCGGUGUGCACCUAUCACAGAGCCAACUACGAACCAAACCACAAGUACUAUGCCGCUUGCUGAGACCGACUUGCAUGCGCUCGUCAAUCCCGGUGCACCUGGUGUUCCGGGAUAUGGGAAUGCAGAUAUCAACCUGAAGAUGAUUGUCAACAAAACAGACGGAAUAUUCUACAUUAAUGGCGUUACAUUCAAGCGUCCCUCAGUGCCUGUGUUGCUCCAGAUCCUCAGCGGCGCACAUCAUGCAACCGAUCUCCUUCCAGAAGGAAGUGUUUAUGUUUUAGAGCCUAACAAGGUCGUUGAACUGACGAUGAUAAAUGGUGAAGUCCGCGGUCCCCAUCCAAUUCAUCUUCACGGUCACAGCUUUGAUGUCGUUCAGAGCACUUCCAACAGCCCGUUCAACUACGUCAAUCCCGUGCGCAGGGAUACAUCAUCCAUCGGGUUUUUAAACGAACAGAUGGUGAUCAGGUGGGUAACCGAUAACUCCGGUCCGUGGUUCCUGCAUUGUCACGUCGACUGGCACCUUCAGCAUGGGUUCUCUGUAGUUUUGGCCGAAAGUCCCUCGGAGACUCGGAAGCAUAUGGGCCCCUUACCCAACACAUGGAACAAUCUUUGCCCAAUAUUCGAAUCGUUAAGCCCAUCCCAGAUUGGAGCAAAGAAUUCGUAUCAAGAAGCAGAAAAUCUCGCCAUCUCGUUGGGGCAAAAUAUCACCACAGCGCUAUUUCCUUCAUAG